AUGAGUAACUUCAGCACCAGCUUCGUGAAAGGCUACUCAGUAUUUUUGCCGAUCUUUGAGAAUUUUCCCCCAAGUUUGAAUAUUGAUUUAGAUAAGAUUUCGAUAGAUUUAGAUAAGAAGAGCUCUUCUGUUGAGGUGGAUGCCUGCAGCAAAAGCACUACAUCAUCUGAGGGUGCCGCCCAUACCCUGCUUAUCCACGGCCCCGUCGAGCUCAAGAGAGGCUGGAGGAGGCAGAAGCGGCACCUCUUCUUAUUCAGCGAUUUCUUGCUGGUGUCCGAUACCAAGUAUAAGAAAAAACUUAAGAUAAAAAAGAAAAUACCACUGAACACCAUGUGGACUGCCAACUGUAUGGACAGAGUGGAGGAUGCCAACAUCUGUGCUGGGAGGUCCUUUAUCCUGGGCUGGCCCACGGUGACCUUUGUGGCCACCUUCGGUUCUUCGGAACAAAAGGAAAAAUGGCAUUCUUUCCUUCAAAGGUACAUCAAUCUGGCCAAAGAGAAGGACCAGCCCAAAAGCAUUCCUCUCAGAAUCUUCACUGAGGACAUCAAGAACUGUGCCUGUUCUGUAACUGUAACAGUAACAAAUUCAGACACAGUGAAUGACAUUAUCAACAUGUCACUACCAAUGCUAGGAAUAACUGGCUCUGAGAAAGACUACCAGCUGUGGGUGAGUGCUGGCAAGGAAGCGUCCCCACACCCACUCACUGGACAUAAACAUCCCUAUGGAAUUAAAAUGAGCCAUCUUCCAUCUACCACACUGCUGCCGCAGACACCAGAGGACUCCAUCUCUCCUUCCACCCUCCAGGAGUCCCUCCUUCUGGAGCAGGGGUUCGCAGAGAUGCAAGGCCGGUUCAUCCUGAAGCCCAGGCACCCGGCGCAGAAUGAGCAAGGGAGAGAUUACAGGCAGAAGACAGUUAAAAGCGGUUUUUUCAGAGACUGGGCCUGUUGUCUGGGCUCCAGCACUAGCCAGGACAGCCAGUGCACAACCCCACCUUCUUCAAAGCCAGGACAGCUCUUUGGAGUUUCCCUAAUGGAUGUGUGUAAUAAAGACAACUUGCCCUUCCCAAUCCCGGUAGGUCAUCUCCUUUUGGUCUUCUAUAGCCCUUCUGAGGAGGGGACACUCUGAGAGGCCACGUGUCCU